UCCAACAUGUCUGCGCCCAUGGUUUUCUAAACAAAACACAUUUUUGUCGAUAAAAUCAAAAAUCUGGAAAUAAGUUUGGGAAAUCUUUCUGUAGAUUAAAGAUGAGUGUCUUCUGCGAACAGGGCGAUGGUUACAACCUGGAUUUUGACAGUGAUGAGGGAGUGUCAUGCAGCAGUGGAUCAGAGGACGAUUUGGAUGUUAUUUUGAAAGGCACACCUGAACAGAAGAGAAAGUUACAGCUGAAAUCAGAAGGCAAAAGUUCCACUGAAGAUGAAAGUGACUUUGAAAAGGAGAUGGAUAUGGAACUCAAUUGCACUGUCCAGGACCUUGAAUUGAGGAGGGGCUUCACAUCAGUGAAACCUGGAUCAUCAUCAUCUGGCAAAGAAUCGAAUACAUCAUCAAGUCAACCAAAGCCACCAACGUAUUAUGAGGAGGAUUAUUUUGAUUCUGAUGACAGUGAGGAUGAAAAUGACUCAAGGGCUCCAAAAGAGAAACGCCCAGUUGUUUCAAAUGAUGACCUUCUAUAUGAUCCUGAUCAGGAUGAUGAUAACCAGAGAUGGGUGGACCAAAUGAGACGGAAACACAGACCAAAGGCGGCCAAUAAGAAUAAAGUAAAACCUGCUCCUCAAAGUGAUGCUGUACUGAACUGUCCUGCAUGUAUGAUCACUCUUUGCAUUGACUGUCAGAGACACGCUUUGUACAAGAACCAAUACCGUGCAAUGUUUGUCAUGAACUGUAACGUCAACAACACCGAGGUGCUACGAUAUCCAAAAGGCAACCCCAAGAAAAAGAAUAAGAGUAAAAAGAGGAAACAUGAUGCUGAUCUGGAGGAGGAGGCUGCACCAGAUUGUGGGUUGAACGAAGGUGAAGCUUAUCACCCUGUAAAGUGUGGGGAAUGUACGACAGAAGUUGGUGUCAUGGACUCUGACGAGGUGUAUCAUUUCUUCAAUGUUUUGGCGAGCUAUGCUUGAGGACAUUCAAGUUUGGACUUGGCUUUAUCUGUGAUAUCAUGACAUUGUCUUCAAGGCUGUUGUACCAGUCACUAAGUCUACUUGGGAUUUUGAUGCGAUUCAUAAAACAAUCGCAUUUUACCUGCAACAAAUCUAAACUGGUUGCUCUGCUAAGACUGAAGACGUGCAGGCUGUGUGCUAGACUGUUGUACAGUCUUUGAUGAGUAGUCUGUACAUCUAGACUGUCUAUUGCCUCCAAUAACUAUUGGAAAACCAGCAGUAAUGUGACUCUCAGCUACUGCGCAGACAAAAACUCCAGCUCUGUAAUGUAAUUUUGAGAUGUAUUGCCCAUCAAUGGAGCUGUUUUUAGGAUAGCUGUUGACAUCCUAAUGUAGUUGUACAUGGAAUGCAAUAAAGAGCUUACACAAGAGCUUAUACAAUUAA